AUGUCUGGGUUUCCUGGUGCCGGUUAUGCGGGAGGAUACGCUCCUCCGCCGCAGCAGCAGUAUGCUGGCUACUACCCUCCCCAGAACUACGGUUACCAGCAGGCCCCUCCACCGCAGGGCCAAUAUGGCUACCAACAACCUCCGCCAGGCCAGCAAUAUGGCUAUCAGCAGCCGCCUCCACAAGGCUACCACCAACCCCCACCGCAACAGCAACCACCGCAACAACAACCACAAUACGGACGACCGAACAUGCCGACCGUAAACUCCAACUCUUACGUUCACGGGAACCACGGUGCCCCUCCUCCGCCACCCCAAGCUCCUCAGCACUUUGGAUAUGGUGCUCCGCAAGGCUAUGCUUUCCAGUACUCACAAUGUACAGGGAAAAGAAAAGCUCUACUGAUCGGAAUCAACUACUUCUCGCAACGCGGCCAGCUUCGUGGGUGUAUCAAUGACGUUAGGAACAUGUCCUCGUAUCUGGUGGAAAGAUUUGGCUACAAGCGAGAGGAUAUGGUCAUUCUUACGGACGACCAGCAGAACCCCAUGAGCCAACCGACCAAACAGAACAUCUUGAGGGCUAUGCAUUGGCUCGUCAAGGAUGCUCGCCCUAACGACUCCCUUUUCUUCCACUACUCUGGUCACGGUGGUCAGACGAAGGAUCUUGAUGGUGACGAGGAGGACGGAUAUGACGAGGUCAUCUACCCGGUCGACUUCCGGCAAGUCGGGCACAUCACGGAUGACGAGAUGCACAGAAUCAUGGUGCGCCCACUACAAGCGGGCGUUCGCUUGACAGCCAUCUUCGACUCGUGCCAUUCCGGAACCGCGCUCGAUCUUCCCUACAUCUACUCCACCCAGGGUAUCCUCAAGGAGCCCAACCUUGCCAAGGAGGCCGGCCAAGGUCUUCUCGGUGUUAUUUCCGCCUACAGCCAGGGCGAUCUCAGUGGUGUUGCCAGCAAUAUCAUGGGCUUCUUUAAGAAGGCCAGCAAUGGCGAAGAUGCCCACGCCCGUACCCUCGCGACGAAGACCUCGCGUGCCGAUGUUGUCAUGUUGUCCGGAAGCAAAGACGACCAGACUUCUGCCGACGCCACGAUUGCUUCUCAAGCGACUGGAGCCAUGUCCUGGGCCUUUAUCAACUCGCUCAAAAAGAACCCCCAGCAGAGCUAUGUGCAGCUCCUCAACAGCAUCCGCGACGAGCUACAGACGCGUUACACCCAAAAGCCGCAGCUCUCGUGCAGUCACCCUCUUGAUACGAACUUGCUCUUUGUCAUGUGAGGGCGUUCCUACUAAGAUAAUAAUCACUUGGCAUGAAAUUGUAUAUACGAUUUGAGGGUUUUUCUUGUAUCCCCUUUUGGAUGUCAUACAAAAGAAAAAAUCUACUGGUGGAUUUUUGGUAGGGAGAAGUCGAAGAAUCUUUUGAGUAUUUGGGAUUGUUUUUGAUGUGUGUCAUGGUUUUUAUUGUAGGAUAGGGAUGCAGGAAUUAUGUGAGGGUUGGUGAUUUGUUCAGAGGAAAAAUGAUAAAAACGAUGAUAUGAAUUUUGGUUCUUUCUUUCAUUUUGGCUGAGGAGCAAAAAGGGUCGCUCGCUAAUUGCUACAAGUUUCCUGGGGGUACAUAUAUAUGUCUCUCACUUUCUAAUGUCUGUUGUCUCUUAUUUCUUGCCACUUUGACGGUCAAGCAACAAAUGCUGGGUUCUCUUUCUUGAUCUUGGGGGUUUGACGAUGUUGAUGACUUAUGAAAUCCUUUUCACCCUUU